CCUCGCUCUCUGUUGGCGACGUAGCGAGGGGGUAUUCUGUUUGCUCAGAGCGCCCAGGGGGGCGCCGGGGCCUCGGAGACCAGAGUGGGGACCGCCGCGGCGGGGCGGGCGGGGGGCAGCGGGCGAGCCGGCGGCGCGCGAAGGGCUCGGCUGCGGCACGAUGCGGUCCCCGCGGGCGCUCGCGCUCUCGGCGUGCGUCCUGCUCGGCUGGGCGCUGCUGGCCGGCGCUGCGGGUGGCGGGGGCGGGCGCGGGCGCGGGCGGCGGGCGCCGGGAGAGAGAGGCGCUGCCGCCCCAGGAGAUCGAGGUGCUGGUGCUGUUGCCCCGGGACGACUCCUACCUGUUCUCCCUGGCCCGGGUGCGGCCGGCCAUCGAGUACGCGCUGCGCAGCGUGGAGGGCAACGGCUCCGGGCUGCGGCUCCUGCCGGCCGGCACUCGCUUCCAGGUGGCCUACGAAGACUCUGACUGCGGCAACCGCGCGCUCUUCAGCCUGGUGGACCGCGUGGCGGCGGCGCGGGGCGCCCGACCCGACCUCAUCCUGGGGCCCGUGUGCGAGUACGCGGCGGCGCCGGUGGCCCGCCUGGCCUCGCACUGGGACGUGCCCAUGCUGUCGGCCGGCGCGCUGGCCGCGGGCUUCCAGCACAAGGACACGGAGUACUCGCACCUCACGCGCGUGGCGCCCGCUUACGCCAAGAUGGGCGAGAUGAUGCUCGCCCUGUUCCGCCACCACCAGUGGAGCCGCGCCCUGCUGGUCUACAGCGACGACAAGCUGCAGCGGAACUGCUACUUCACCGUCGAGGGGGUCCACGAGGUCUUCCAGGAGGAGGGCUUGCACACAUCCGCCUACAGCUUCGACGAGACCAAAGGCUUGGACCUGGACGACGUCGUGCGCUACAUCCAGGCCAGCGAGCGAGUGGUGAUCAUGUGUGCGAGCAGCGACACGGUCCGGGGCAUCAUGCUGGCGGCGCACAGGCACGGGAUGACCAGCGGAGACUACGCUUUCUUCAACAUCGAGCUCUUCAACAGCUCCUCCUACGGAGAUGGCUCGUGGAAGAGAGGAGACAAACACGACUUUGAAGCUAAGCAAGCGUACUCAUCCCUCCAAACAAUCACUCUACUGAGGACAGUGAAACCUGAGUUUGAGAAGUUUUCCAUGGAGGUGAAAAGUUCUGUUGAGAAACAAGGACUCAAUGAGGAGGAUUACGUUAACAUGUUUGUUGAAGGAUUUCAUGACGCCAUUCUUCUCUAUGCCCUGGCUUUACAUGAAGUACUCAGAGCUGGCUACAGCAAGAAGGAUGGAGGGAAAAUUAUCCAGCAGACCUGGAACAGAACAUUUGAAGGGAUUGCUGGCCAGGUGUCCAUAGAUGCCAAUGGAGACCGAUAUGGGGAUUUCUCUGUGAUCGCCAUGACCGACAUGGAAGCGGGCACCCAGGAGGUGAUUGGUGAUUACUUUGGAAAAGAAGGUCGUUUUGAAAUGCGGCCCAACGUCAAAUAUCCUUGGGGACCUUUAAAACUGAGAAUAGAUGAAACCAGAAUUGUGGAGCACACAAACAGCUCUCCUUGCAAAUCAUCAGGUGGCCUAGAAGAGUCAGCGGUGACAGGAAUUGUCGUGGGGGCUUUACUUGGAGCUGGAUUGCUAAUGGCGUUCUACUUUUUCAGGAAGAAAUACAGAAUAACCAUUGAGAGGCGAAACCAGCAAGAAGAAAGUAACAUUGGAAAACAUCGGGAGUUACGGGAAGAUUCCAUCAGAUCCCAUUUUUCGGUGGCUUAAAAGGAAAUCUUUUCUUUCACUCUGAGAUCUUUAAGGAGAUAGACGGGAUGAAAGAAAUCAAUGAAAACAGAAGGGGCGCUCUUGAACUCAUUCUUUCAAGCAAUCAUUUCAUUGUAAAAUUUCUUUAGAAGCUCAGGAACCAUUAUUAAUCAUCAUAUGCCUCUCAGCCUUUCAUCUCAUGACAAAUAUAAGAAUACAAAGUCACUCUGUUAAUGUUCUUGCUGUUUUGAGAGCAUAUGAUUAGAUAUGUGUUUGAAAAUCUGAUGUCUCCAUAUAUCUUGAUGGCCUUUGGGGGCAUUUCACACAAGGCUAUAAAAUGUGGUUUUCUUAAAUGAAAUGUUUUAUAGCUAGAAUAAAAUAAUUUUUACAAGUAGAAUAUUCUUGGAAAGAAUUUAACACCUAAGAAUAGGAAAAUGUAAUGAAAAACCUCAAGGUUGGAGAUGUAGCUUUCCUCUCUCCAGGCCUGGGGCAGACUUGAGGUUGAGAACUGUUCUGUCCAUUAUAUGCCUACAUUCAGGUCCUGACUUCAUCAUCUUGACAAAGAAUUUCCUCCCUGUCUCCUUUAGUGUCUCAUAAGAGCUACUCUGGAAAGCUAUAACUAUCGAGAUAAGAGGAUUUGUACAAGAGAAGCAAAUAUAAAUGUUUUGUUUUUUAAUGUAAAAAGUGCCAUAUUUCACACUAACAUUUUAUUUUUUAAGUAUUUUAAUCUUAUAUUUUGCUAUUAGAAAAUGUGUCUAUUUUUUCAUUUUGAAGAUUAAAUUUCACUUAUAUUUUAAAAGCAUGGGUAAAGUGUACAACAAGCCAACAGUGAUGAAAGAUACUUUUCUUUUUCUCCCUGCUCCCCUCCCCUUUGACCAGAACCAAAUGCCAAUUGCUGCUGAAACACAGAGAUCUAGAAUUGUAUUCAGAUUACAGAUUCUACAGACUCUACAUUUGACCAAAUGAUAAAUUUUAAGAUCAAGAGCGAAAUUUAUUAGAAUUUAUAGGAGGGUGUCCUAAAGGGAGGCAGCCCUUUUUCCUCAAGAACAACUUUAUAGAGUUAGAACUUGACAAUGAGGACAAAAGUGACAAAUUAAAAAAAUGCUUACACAACAUUUUAUCAAAAUUGACAAUACACCCCACAGAGCUUUGUCGUCAUCCACUAGUCGCUGGCAUAACGGUGGGUUGGGAUUGGAUGUAAGGAAUUUGGCCAAAGUUGAAGAAGUGCUGAAUACUUUGUACCUAGUACUCUGCGCAUAGGUUUAAACUCAGGUUGCCUUUGGAAUUAUGAUUUGUGGAGGAAACAGUGAGGGAAGAAUGGGAAGCUGCUGGACUUCUGUGGGUCUUUCCUCAAUAACAUUUUAAAUAUCUAGAAAACAGUGUUAUAAACUAUCUUAAAAGAGCAUGUGUAAGGAGGAAAAUAGGGGAGUCUGCGCAAGUCCUUGGUAGUGAUAGGGGUCACGGGUCACCCCUAAUGGUGGUGUAGAGUGGUAAGUGAAAGCUGCACAUCUGGGAAGUUGGCCUGAGCUUGCUUUGCUGGAGGAGUCUGCCUUUGUCACUCCUACUUCAACCAGCCAAAGUGAACAGAUUAUUUGUGUGUGAGGCACGUUUCCACUCUACUAUUAAAAAAACAGAAUGCAGGCAGCAGGAGAGCAUGAUAAAAUUAAUUAUGAUGGCCUGAAACAACUCGAUUGUAGUUCUCCAGUUCAAUGCAAAGAAUAAAGUGCUGAAUUAAAAAAAAAAAAUGAUGCUAGAAGAAGAGGGUAAGAAAGACAAGCUCUAGAAAUUCUAAUGUAGGCAGUUUGGGAAAUAAAAUCUAGGAAAGCAAAGCAAAGCCCAGGACUCCUCAGAGUGAAAACAGAAUAGGAGGAUUGUCCAUAUUAUUUACAUGGGUUGGAGAGCUUAUUGCUCUUAUAUAUUUUAGAGAUACUCAUUUUCUAUUAUCUUUGGUUUGUAAAAACAAAACCAAAAACCCUAUGUACUUAUUAUCAUGGGAAAAAUCACUCUAUGUGUUUGCAGUUUUUGGGUAUAAACAUUUUUGAUGUUUCCAGGAUUUAUAUAGGGGCCCAUUAGCUCUAACAUAUAUAGAGCAAAUAUAAUUUAUUUCUACUUCAGGAAGCGGAAUAGUCCUAAACUUAGUACUAUAAUCUCAGAUAAACUUAUAAAAAUAAGUGAGAAUUUAGUAUCUUAAAAAUGGCAGAACAAAUUAUGAUAUUUCUAUUAUGCAGAUUCUCUCCAAUCUUAAAGCAAAUCUAGGGUCCCUAAGAGCGAUUGUUUCUUACAUGUCUGUUAUCUAUUCUUUCUUCCUUGAAAGUGCCAUAUGAGUUACCAAAACUCCAUUAAGUUGGAAACAUUAGCUAAAAGUGUAGGUGUUUGGCCCAGGUUACCGGUGUUAAGACCGCUGGAGAGUAUAUCUUGGGAUUUAAGUUCUAACUGCUAAACAUGCCUUUGACAACUAGCCAUUCAUCCUCUGCCAGUAGCCACAUAGGAUACAGUAUCUAAAUAGGGCUUUAGUUCUCAAAUCAUUCUAUAAAAUUUUACCCUGAAAUCCAGGGUGUUCAGAUUUCAAGAGAUACUUUAUCAGUAUCCUCUCAUUUGGCCAAACAUUGAUAUAGGUUGAGAUGAGUAUAUACAUAUAUUCAUGGGGUAGGAAGAAGUGUAGGUUUUAUCGUCAUCAUUGUCACCUUCUUAGAUCUUUGGGAGGGCUUAGAAAUAAAAGCUUUAUCCAUAUACUCACUUCUACCAAGAAACUUUACUUUCUGUAAAGAGUGCCUGUCUUCCCCUAGACCACAGGAUCCAUGAGGAAGCCCUUGUAAACAUUACAUUUCUUGGAAGACCCAUCAACUUGUCCUUUUCUGGACCACAGACAUAGUUCCACAGGCUUUAAAAUAGUUCUUUAUGUUUCAGAAACUGCAUUUAAUGGGAUGAGGAGAGAAAUGUAUGGAAAGAGAAUGUCUCUCUUCUCUUUCUGAAAUUCAAAGACUUGAGCUUUGGAAUGUCCCUUCACUUUCCCUGUCACAUGAUUCUGGCAUCAUUAACUGAUUCAAGGCACAUGUGUCCCCUUUGCAUCGAAUGUACCACUUUCUUUCUGUCUGCUAUUGAUUUGGGGAGUAUGAGAUAUGCCAUUGACAGUGUAUCUGCUGCAUGGAUCCCGUACAGAGAGACAGGAAUUCAGAAAGUCGGUUCCAGUGGCAUCACGAGCCUCUUGUGAGUCUCUUUGUGGAAUUCUCUUUGGGAGGCCAAGUAGAAUAAUGCUGGUGGGAACCAAAAAAAGUGUCUAUUAACUGAAAGGAACACAUGCCUAUGUUUCUUAGGACACAGCCUCAGGUCCUGAGUGGAUGCAAUCAUAAAGCCAAAUGCCACCAAAAGCAGGCCUCAGGCCUGUGUGUCCUGGGUCCCGGUCCCAGUGAGUCAUGCCCCGUGGUUCAGUGCUUCACAGGGAGUCCAUACUGGACUGAACAACUUCAGUGAACAACAAGGAAGCUUUCCCCAAACAUCCUCAGUCCACUGAGGCUGCUAUAACAGCUACAUUUUAAGGAUAGCCCUUCAGUUUGGGUUGAUUGUUAGAACUACAGAAUAACUAGCAAUUAGUCCAUCUUCAGCAGCCAGGUGCAGCAAAGAGCCUGGGACAUAUCCAGUAAGAACAAUCAGAAGUUUGAGCCUCCAGAAGACACAGAAGAGUGUGGUCUUGAUACCAUCUUAACCACCCCCUCUCCCCACAGCAUGAUCUACCAGCAAGGCCCUAAGAUGCAUCAGCAUCUGCCCAUGGAGGUGGACACUGUGAGCAGGACCUCCAUCAUUCCUCAGUGGGAUGGAAGACAAAACAGUACUGUCUGUAAGAAUGUGGCUGGAUUUUCUUCAGACCCUUUGUGUUAACUUGACCAGAUUCGCUCUUGGGCAGUUUUAGCCUGUGUUGUGCAUUUGUAGCAGUGAGCCUGGCUUUUGUUUUCACUUUAUAGAUGUCACAAAUAUCUCUUGCAGGCAUGCCCCACAGCUAGACUCUAGGAUCAAAAUGACUUUCAAGAGGUGCUGGAUUGGGGUUUGUUCAAAUUUCUGAUUAACCACUAAUGUUCAUUCAUACCAAAGGCAAAGCAAUUCUAACCCAGCUGAUGCUGUUACUGUUCAUGUUUUAAGCUACUUCAAACAUAGUAGGAGAGUCUCAAUGGGAGCUGAGUCUUAGAAGUAAAAAUCCAUAUGUUAUAAUAGCUCUUUGAUGUAUCAGGUGUGGGAUGAUUCCUAGGGGAGCGAUUUGAGCAGGCAGAAUUAAGAGUUAGCAAACACGCUGCCUUGCUUUGAUUCACAUGUUUAAAGACUUAAGUUUCUAUGCACAGGGAAUAAAGGAUCUAUUCACCACGUGUAAAUCACAACAUAGGCCACCAAAUUGCUUUUUUUUUUUUUGGAUAGAGCAGAGAUGUCAUAUCACAUAAUUUAAUAAUUGGGCAAAGAAGGUUGGGAAAGAAGAAUAUUUGGAUUUUGAAAUAUCCAAUAACUAACCAAUGGAUUCUCUAGUGCUACGAUUUGGAAAUGUCCAAUGUGGUACUUUGAAGAGAGCAGUAAGUGUGCACCCACAGCCUGGAGAUGCUGUGAGUUUGCAGACUUAUUUCUGGGUCCUGGGAAAGGAAGCUUUGUUCCCUGUGUAUGGUAAAUAAUGGGAACCAAGAGGACAUGGUGUAGAUCUGUGGAAGAUGGAUUCUGCACCCCCUGUCUUCUGGGUCGUCUUAUUCUUUGUUUAUUUAAAUGCAGGACUACCGAACAAUACAAGCCUACCAUGAAUCUAGUAGAAAAGUAAAAGUAAAAGCUGCACAAGCUACAUACAGCUUAUUAUUCUGAUGUAAGUAGAACUAUCUGCAUAUAAUGUGAUUUAAUUUAUUAUUGUUUUGUGUAGAAAAUGAGAAUUAAUGACUGUGGAUAUAACCCCUGUUUUGUAUAAUAUAUUUUAUUUCUGGUGCAAACCGGUUAUUUAGAGUAUCUACUUCAUUUGGUGCAUUUGGUGUUUGGAUAUAGAUGUGUAUGUGUUCUUGUAAAUAUUUCUAUCAAGCAAGAAUACUACAUGCUCACAGUAUAACAAUGUGUUCUCAUUAAAAAAAUACAUCCCCAAUGAGACCUUUUCCUGUUUAUAAUUCAGCAAUCCUACACUGCCAUUUCCAUAUUCUCCAAGGAUUUUCUGUUCUUCUAGGAUGGGGUGAAGUAAAAGAGGAAUUGGUGGACGUGAUGGAUUGUACUGUUUGAAUGGUACUCACAAAAGUACUCGAGAACUUCUGUCUAGCAAAGGGAAAUUGGCAGAAAUGAGAAAAGAAUAUACUAUCAAAGUGAGGGUAAAUCUUGAAUUGGCAGAUGAGGGAAGAAACCUGCGUGAAUAAUGUCAUCCCGGGCUCCUGCAGCUUACUGGCCCCCUGUA